AAGUUGGCAUUUAACUUGAGUUUUUCUCAUCUGCUGUGUGUUCACCAUCAAGCAUGUUGAUUGAAAUCGAAACGGAAAAUAAAUACCAAAUUCAAUUCAAUUUUUCUACAUUUUUUGAUCAUUUAAUGAUUUUGUUUUGUCUAUAAAUUAAUGCCAUCAUCACCAUUGUAUUUCAUUGUUGAUUUCAUAGACCACCAAUAUAUUUGAGAGUUUUUUUAUUAUUUAUUUAGAUCUCAUCAUCAUCAUUUGAUCUAUGAUCAACAUUUGAAAAUUCACAAAUACAAGUUUUUACUACGUUUUAUUUUGUUUUCGAGAAAAAAAAAAUUCUAUUCUUUCACGUUUGAUUUAUAGCAAACGAAUUCGUCUUUAUCAUUUUGAUCAAUUUGAUUUUCUUAAUUUUCAGACUUUCAUUUGAUUCGUAACAUAAAAAAAAUGAUUCAACCACUUCGAGCACGAACAAAUGCUGCUGUUCCAUUGCCAUUAAAACCAACGAAUACAAUCAAUGAUCAAAUUGCUAAUCUAAAAUUAUCUCGACAUAUCAGUGAACAAGAAAAUGGUCUGAAUUUUCGUUCAAAAAUUCCCGUAUUCAAAUCACGUAUCAGUGGUGCUGUUGUUGCUGCUGGUGGUGGUUGUGGUGGUGUUGGUGGUGGUGGUGGUGUCGGUGGUAUCCAACAAAAACGUAUGGUUUCAUCUUUAUUACCCUCCGCUUCCUGUACGGAUAAGAUUGAACAAAAACAACAGCAACAACAACCAAAACGACAAGAGCCAGUUAAACCAAAAAUUGAAAAUAUUGACAAUGAAUCCAAUUGUUUAUUGAGUGAUUAUGCUCCCGAUAUCUAUCAAUAUCUUCAUCAGCUUGAGAAAUCAUUGGCAUUGGAAACAAAUUUUCUUUCAAUUCAUAAUGUUGUCACACCAAAUAUGCGUGCUGUUCUUGUCAAUUGGAUCAAUGGUAUACAUCGUAGUUUUCAUUUGUCACCUGAAACACUUUAUUUGGCCAUAUCGAUUGUUGAUCGUGUUUUAGCACGUGAAUCGGUGGAAAAAAAUCAACUACAAUUAUUGGGUGCUACGGCAAUAUUUGUUGCAGCCAAAUAUGAAGAAAUUUUUUAUCCAGAAAUCAAAGAUUUUGUCAUCAUUUGUGAUAAUCUUUAUACAAAACGUGACAUAUUACGAAUGGAAAUUCGUAUACUUAAAGUGACAAAUUUCGAAUUAAGUGGACCAUCACCAUUGUAUUUUCUACGACGUGGUUCAAAAGCCGCACAGGCUGAUUCACGUGUACAUAUGAUGGGUAAAUUUUUUUGUGAAUUAUCCGUUAUUGAUUAUCAAUGUGCACAAUGGUUACCAUCAUUGAUUGCUGCAACUUCACUAUAUGUAGCACUUGAAUUGAAUAAUAAUAAUGACGAAAAACCGAACGAUCCAAUGGAAACAUCGAUUUGGACACCAACUAUUGAAUAUUAUACUGGAUAUACAAUUCAUGAUGUUCGUAAACAUUCUGGCUAUCUAUGUCGUUUGAUUAUUUCAUCCGAAACUUCUAAACAUCAGAAUUGCCGUAAAAAAUAUUCAUCAUCCAAAUGUAUGAGCAUAAGUAAUCUAUCACCAAAUUCUAUGCGUAUCAUCAAAAAAUUGGCUAUGUAAACAACGUAUAUAAUUAUCUCGAUUUUUUUCCAUUUCAUUUUUGUAUUUGAAUUUUUCAUCAUCUAUCACUCUACUUUAAACAUUAUGAUGAUGAUGAUUGAUUAAUCAUCUUUUUUUUGAUGAUAUGGAAAAACAUUUGUGUGACAAUGAAAUAUUAACAUCGCUUAUUGAACGUCUUAUCAUCAUCAUUAUCAUCAUUUUUCCGUUUUAUAGCAAUUUAUUAUUUUUUUUCAAUUCAAUAAAAUUCAAUUUUCGUAAAAA